GCGGACUUUAUUAAUAAAUGUCCAUGUGCAGUGAAUAUAGACACUUGUUUUCUUAGCAGUUUCACGCGAACAUAACGUUUGUAUUUAUAUGCGUUUAGUCUACAACUCUGCACGAAGUUUUUGACUUUUCAACGGAAGGUUUCUCUAGUCGAGCCGACUAAACAAACAAACAAACAGAGUAAAGCUGAUGAACAAUUGUUCAAUGGAUUCAAUGGUGAAGAAGUUGAAGAACAAUUUGAGUUCUGGUUCGUUCGGGAAGAAUAAGGAAAGAAGCAUAAAGAAGCAAAGGAGGUUCUUGGAGAACGGAAGCAUCUUGCUCAAUGAAAUAAUCGCUGAUUGUAACGGUAAAACCAUUCCUAUACGCAGCUUUUCCUCUUCUCAGAUCCUUAAAGCUACCAACAACUUCGACACCAGUUGUUCCAUCGCCCAAGAAGGGUUCUACCUAUGGUACAAAGGUGUUAUCGAAGAUAGAUCUUACAUGAUCAAAAGAUUCUCCGAGUACAAAGUCACUGACCGCAGAGUAGGAGAGGUUUACAAAGACAUAGUCUUGUCUGCUCGGAUGAGCAGCCACAACAACUUUCUCAAACUACUAGGAUCUUGUCUCGAGUUCCCUUUUCCAGUUCUUGUUUUCGAAUACGCAGAACAUGGAGUCUUGAAUCAUCGAGGAGGUGUUACCACCGUUAAUGGGGAGGAAUCUUUACUGCCUCUGAGUUUGAGGCUAAAGAUUGCAAAGGAGAUUGCGAACGCAUUGGCUUAUCUCCACAUGGCCUUCCCUAAGAUCAUCAUAUACAGAGAUGUUAAACCGAUGCACGUUUUCUUGGACGAGAACUGGACCGCAAAGCUGUCGGAUAUGUCUUUCUCGAUAUCGCUCGAGGAAGGUAAAUCACAGAUAGAAGCUGAAGACGUGCUGGGUACGUACGGGUACCUCGAUCCGUUAUACUUUGCGACAUUGGUUGUGUCGGAGUACACAGAUGUGUACAGCUUUGGAGUCUUGUUGAUGGUUCUUCUCAGUGGUAGAUCGGUUUACUUUAAUGUAUCUGAUGGGGAUCCCGUAGGUAUUCUUCAAUAUGUGAAAGGCUUAUACGAGGUUGGGAAGCUCAGUGAAGUAAUUGAUCUCGUGGUGAUGAAAGAUAUUACUAGUGCUCAAAGAUUGGAGGCGGAAGCUUGUGUUUUACUUGCGCUGAGAUGCUGCAGGGAGAGGGAUGAAGACAGACCGAAGAUGAUCCAGGUUGCUAAAGAACUCAAGCGGGCUGAGACAUCAUUUCUAUGAGAUCCUUCUGUUCUGAUAUAACCCUCUACACAACUUUUGUAACAUUUUUGCAUGGACAAUAAUAUAUAAUAGAUAUCUGAGGAAACAAUACUUACAUAUAAUAGAUAGAAAAGUCUGUACACCACUCUUAUUUUUUAUAUGUGAUCUUUGUAUAAGCCAACUAAAUACACAUCAAAAUCAUGUACACUACUCU